CUCAAUCUGCGCUCAGACCGUUCACACAUAGAGGAACACUCUGCUCACCGGACCAGCCCGUUUCCUUGAUGGAUUCUCCCGGAACUCGCGUCCUCCUCUCGGCGGGAUAAACUUAACAUCUGUCUGCCUUUAUCAUGGGAAUAUACCGCCGCUGUUUGCUGCUCUGUGGAUAUACUCAGCCUUAAUGGAAACUAUGACACCGCUGCAGGGGACCAUGGGACAGAACAGGUCCGAGUCUUUGACGGGGGACACUAAGUAUCUCCCCGACAGCAAAAAGAAAAUGAAGACCCUGGCCCAGAGGCGACAGUCGGCUCCCUCGCUGGUCAUCAGCAAAGCCCUCACAAGAUCCAGGAGUACAUCCAGAGAAACCUGCUUGAUACCUGUCAGCCCAGAGACCUGUCCACUCAUCCAGGCCUUCCUGGCUGAAAGCGCAGGACGCCUGUUUUUGGGCCACGCCCAGACACAGCUGAAGACCGGCUUGCAGACUCAGGAGAGACACUUCUUCCUUUUCAACGACACACUGCUGGUCGCCAAAGCCAAGUCUUCAACUCACUUUAAAGUGAAGUCCCAGGUGAGGGUGUGUGAGAUGUGGACCGCUAACUGCAUGGAGGAGGUCUGUGAGGGCAGCACGAACCCGGACCGGAGCUUUGUCCUGGGCUGGCCCACGUGCAACUAUGUAGCCACCUUCAGCUCUGAAGAACUAAAGGAUAAAUGGCUGGCGCUCAUCAACGGUCGGAUCAGUGAGGGAAAAGAGAAGGACGACCCAAAGACCGUUCCUCUGAAGAUCUUUGCCAAGGACAUAGGAAACUGCGCAUACGCGAAGACGCUUGCAGUCAACAACACAGACACCACUACUGAUGUGAUCCGCAUGUCUCUGCAGCAGUUCGGCAUCUCUAGUUGCAUCAAAGACCUCAGGUUGUGGGUGAACUCCAGUAAAGACGACCCUCCGUACCCUCUUAUCGGCCACGAGUUUCCAUUCUGCAUUAAGAUGAGCCACAUUCGGGACGGCGGCAGCAGUCCAGGAGGAAUAGGCCGGGACCCGAUGAGUCCUACUGACUGCCCUGGAGUUCUGCUGCUGGAUCAGUGUCUCCCUCCAGACACCCAGUGUCAGUUUAUCCUCAAACCAAACAAGGUCCUCCUCUCACCUCAGGAGCUUUUAGAGCCCGGUCAGCACAAGACUUUUAAGAGGAAGAGGUCUCUCAUAAACUGGCCGUUCUGGAGAGGCUCCAGCUCGCAGCUGGACGGCCUGCCUCUGUCUCCGACGUUCAGCGCCGCUCAGGGACGGCUGUUUGGACGCCCCCUGAGCUCCGUUUGCUCUGCAGAUCACGGCCUGCCCAAGCCUGUCAUGGACAUGUUGGUGUUUCUGUAUCUGGAAGGACCUUACACCAAAGGCGUCUUCAGGCGGUCGGCCGGCGCUAAAGCCUGCCGAGAGCUCAGAGACAGACUGGACAACGGAACCGACGUCCCAGAGAUCAAACACCAGCCCGUGUUCGUUAUCGCUGCUGUCCUCAAGGACUUCCUACGGAACAUCCCAGGCAGCUUACUGAGUGGAGAUCUGUACGACCAGUGGAUGGACUCCAUGGAGCAGGAAGGAGGCGACCAAAAGAUGGAAGCUAUUCAAAGGCUGCUGCCUCUUUUGCCCGCCGAGAAUCUGCUCCUGCUGCGACAUCUGAUCGCCGUGCUGCACUGCAUACAAGGCAACGCCCACGAUAACCAGAUGAAUGCCUUCAACCUGGCCGUUUGCAUUGCUCCCAGCAUUCUCUGGCCCCCAGCUCCCAGCACCCCAGAGAUGGAGGGGGAGGCUACCAAAAAGGUGUGUGAGCUGGUCCACUUCCUGAUAGAGAACUGCAGCGGCAUCCUGGGAGACGUCACCUCGCUGUUCAGAGCCUUCUGCCAGAAGAGCAGCGGCAGCGACCACGGAUCAGACGUGUCGUCCUUCCAGAUGAACGACUCCUCCUACGACAGCCUGGAGAACGAGCUCAACGACGAUCCGGAAUCUCCUUACCAGGAGCAGCUUCCACUUCGGGACAAAGACAAGCCGGACAGCUGCAGCCGGGACUCCGUCAUCACCCUCAGUGACGGGGACCCGGACCCCGACUCUGAGCUCACUCUGCAGCUCCCUCCUCUGGCUAGACCCAGGAAGUUCAGCCCAAUAGUCCGGCAGCCUCGAGCGCGCCAGGCCAGCAGCUCUUUACAGGGUCCCAGACGGCUCAGGAGGUGUUCCGAGCCGGCCUUAGCUUUGGCCCCCACCCCAUCCUCAAACAGCACCGUGGGUCACGAAGAAAACCGCCACCAGCCUGUGAGAAAGGCGAGCUAUGACGCCGCCAUGGAGGGAGAGGGAGAGGAGGAUGAAGUGUUUUUGGAGCAGGAGCUGGGGAGGCUACACCUGAAGGAGGAGGGAAGAGAUGAAAAGAAAGCCGUCAAAAUCUCCACCUGUGGAAAGAGGAAGGUGAAGCAGGCACCUCCUCCUCCUUUACGAUUGGAUGCCAGCUGCUCCAGUUUAUCCUCACCAGCAACCUCACCAACAGGCUCCUCCCUCAGCUCCUUAGACUCCGCCUUCUCACAGUAUUCCACCGACUACAUCGCGAAUGGUCCAGUCUCACAGCGGUCACCUCGAGACUCCCCGCCUCAGAGGGAAGCCACGCCUCACUGGCAGCCCCCCUCCCACCCCCAGACCGCGCCACACGGCCUUCACCCCAACACGUGGCUGAAGCGGGACCGCUGCCUCUCUCUGAAGCAGUCUGAGGACGGACAGUCAGAGCCUGUGGUGAAUGGAAACCCCCACCCAACGAGCAAUGGCCACUCUGCCGCCGCCCAGGAAGCUGGAACGGUCAAACCAACCUGCCAUCAAAGAUCUGGCAGUCCUCCGUCCUACCAUCAGGCUUUGCUGCAGCUGCAGCGCACCCGCUCGCCAUUCUACAGAGGAAGCGAGAAAUCCCUGACAGUCAAAGAGCUGAGGCAGCUUCAUGACCCGCCCUCCACCCACAGAGCAGCAAAGCCAGGCAAACCGCUUAAAAGUGAGGGCGCCCAAAAACUGGCGGGGACGGGGAAGCGUGUUCAGCCCCCAAAGGGCAUCUUCUUUGGACAGAACCCCACCACCCUGAUCCUCCAGAGACCCAAAUCCCACUCCCUAACCCCACCCACAGAUGUCCACAAAGUCAGGAAGACUCUUCCCCGCAGAGCAUCCGAGCCCACUAAGGUCUGGGCGGACUCUCACCGCUCCACCAGCCUGACUUUGGACCGGCCGCCCACGCUUAAAGCUAAAAGUCCGGACGCCAGACUGAGUUUGUCCGACCCCGAGCCCGGCUGCUCCACGUCCCACUUCUGCCUCUCGUCCUCCUCCACUCGAGCUGUGAGGGACUACUUCUCCUCGCAGGGUCAGGCGGAUCCGGAGGCCUGCCUGCGGAGGAGUCAGGAGGUGGUGGUGGCGAUCGUGCAGGGGAAGGAGUGGCAGAGCAAGCGCUGCAGCGACCCGCCCAUGGAGGACUUUGAGCAGCUUUUCUUUGCAGAAGAAUCGUACGUGUGAGAACUUUGUAUAGUCAAAAUGUACAUUUGACAGUCACUCCUCUGGUUUUUCCCCUCAUAAAAAACACUUUUAUUCUGCUUUCAUGCUGCCAUAUAAACGUGUGACAGAUUACUGUAAAGGUACUUUAGGAGGUACAUGAGCAAACAUGAGGUUCACAAACCUUACAGACAACUGCAGCUUUAAACCAUAAAACGAUUAAAAGAGCUGCCAAAGACUUCUAGCUUUAGUCCAAAAAUCUGUUUUCUUCCACCCUCCAUCCAUGAUUCUGAUGCACAGCUCUGUCAGCACAAGAAGAAAUGCUGGAGUUUCCCUUCAAGUGUUUUAAUUCACAGUUGAAGAUGUAAAACUCAGAAAUCCAGACUUUUAUUGUCUUAAAUGUUCCUCACGUGCUUUUUUCAGUGCAAAAACGCUCCUGCUGUACAGAUUUCUCACUCUGAACCAACCAAACAUUUUAACAGCAUUUGUGCUUUUUAUGCCAAAUAUAAUAAUAGUUUUUAGAGGUAUUUAUUCCUCUGAGCUCGGUUUCCAAAGUGUCGCUCUAACAGAGCCAAGCUGUUAACUCUGAUAUGUUUCUGGGAAAGAAAUGUGAGAAAGGUUUAAAACUCCAUCUAUUCUGCUAAUAUUCAGUAGCACUUUGUGAUUUUUCUGUAGUUCAUGUGGAUGCAAUGAAAACAAAUCCCUACUGGUUUGACUUGUGAGGACGUUUCUCCUGGUCCUCAGAAAGUCAUUAUGAGCUUUUAUUGUUUAAGUUUCCACAUUUGUUUUCUCCUCAUAAUGCUGACAGAUGAGACGUUUAUUUCCUUAAAGAAAGAAAAAGAUAAGAUGACACUAUUUUAAACCUCCCAUUUUGAUUAUUUCUUUUUUUUUUAAUUUUUCUCAAUCAAUUCACUUCAGAUUCCAGAGUUGAUGGGAGUUUUAAUUUGGUUCAGUUCACUAUUCUUUCAUUUUAUUUAUUCUUUAAAAUAGUUUCAGUCUUGCAUCAGUAAACUUUUUAAUCCGCUGAACUAAAAAUAUGACAUUUUAAAAAGUAAUAACUACAAGCCCCGUGUUGUCAAAUGUGUAGAUUUGAGAGCGUUCUUUCGUAGGUUGAAGGUUCAGCGGUGAAUUGUGUGAAUUUUAAAAGUGUGCAUGUAAAGUUCUGCAUUUGAAAGCAACCUUUUUCCUUUCCACAGUAAAAGGACAGUUUCAUCCUUCUCAGUGUUAUUAAACAGAAGGUUACUUUGUCUCCAUACGAUCUUUACUCUAUUAUGUUCAUCGCUAUCUCCACGGUAACAUGUGUCCGACCUGUAUAGAUGUUGAUAUUUAAGAUACAGAUAUAUAAGCAUAUAAAAUGAUCUUGUUCAUCUUUGGCAUGAUGUGCAACUAAAAUUUAUUUUGUAAAUGCCAAUUCUGCUGCUGCUGUUUCAUAGAAAGCAUAUUUGCUACAAAAAGCACUAUUUGUAUAUUGUGUACAUCUUUUGUGUAACACUCACAAGAACAAUUGAUGCUAAUAAAAGUUGCUCUUGUGAAAUGA